UGCAGAUUCCUUGCAGGAAAGGAAGGUUAAAAUAUUCCAUACGAUGUGUUUGCAGAGGGAUUUGUGCUUUAAGUUCUCUAUGCCUCUUCUUUGUAAUGUUUGCCUGCUUUGGGUUGCAGUUACAGGUUUUAAAGAAGCAGUGCAGUGUGAAAUGGUUCCUGCGGUAGCCAUCGGUGAAAAUGUGACCCUCAGCUGUAACUUCACCCUUCCUCUAGAUAUUCUACAAAUAACCUGGCAGAAGAGGAUAGGACCUUCAUUCCAGAACAUAGCCACCUACAGCAAGAGACACAGACCUAAAUCUGUGGGAUUACUUCAGAACAGAGUCCUAUUUACAGAUACAAGACUGAAUGCAUCAUCCAUCACUCUCCCCAAUGUGACGCUACAGGAUGAAGGAGAUUAUAAAUGCCUCUUCAACGCAUUUCCACAUGGUUCUUUCAGCAGAGAUACCCACCUAACUGUGCAAGCUGUUUCAGAAAUAAGAGCCGAGCUCCACAUAAAUUUCAUUAGCCAGGGGAUCCUCACUGCGAUUUGCUCGGCUACUGGAAGGCCUGCCCCCAAAAUCACCUGGCGACCUGAGGGAGUCCUGACUGAUCAUAAGCCUGACAUAGGCAGUGUUCACAAUGCAGAUGGAACAGUUACGGUGACAAAUGCUUGCAACUUCUCCUUGGGAUGCCUCAAAAGGCUGACGUGUGUAAUGGACCAUCCAGACCAUCCUGAAGGAAUUAAAGAGAAAAUAGUUUAUCAAGAAGAGGAUAACAGACAAGAAGAAGAAUAUGAAGGUGUUCCUGUGGAGAAGAUUAUUCUUUUUCUUCUAGUUCCUAUAAUUUUUGUCUUAGGAAUUAUGAUCAUACUACUACAGAAAAGAAAAGGGGAAAAAUCACAAGGUUCCAGCAUGCCCAGCACUCCUUCAAGGGAAGCAUUUUUAAACGAAGACAAGGUCAAGAGUUCCCAGAACCUGCAGACACCACGGAACCAGCCUGUUUCCUAUCAAAAUGAGGGGUCAACCUCAGAAUCUCUUCGGAAAAGGUUGACACCACAAAAGCAAAAUAGGAGCCGAAAUAUUGGAAAGGUGCGUAGAGCGACAUUCCAAGACACAGAAAAUAACAAGGAGGCCAAUGCCCAUGAGACUUCGCUGGAUGGUAUUGAAGAGUUGGAUAAUUAA